ACGCAGCCUCUCCCACCCUCUGCCGUUCCCACUCCCCCUGGAUCUCUUUCUCUCUCCCUCUCUUCUAUUCUUGCUUUACCUAGCUUCUCUAUCUCGUGCUGUGCCUUGUCUACCCUUAAAACCCUCCUCUGCCCCCCGAGAGAAGCGCCCUGAUCUCCUGAACUUGCCAAUCGCAUUUUACAGACUCCCAUACAUCACACAGACCAGUAACUAUCACCAUGUCCCGCAAGAGAAAGCAAGACGAGGAGGAGGAGGAGGAGCUCGUCUCCCUCCCUGAAGACGAUGAUGGUGAGGAGGAGGAAGAGUACGUCUCCACCGCAGACGAAGAAGAGCAAAGCGAAGAAGAUGAGGACGCUGAGGAGGAGGAGGAGGAAGAUGAAGAAGACGACGAAGCUGAUGCAAAGGCCGAGCCUCCUGUGAAGAAGCGCAAGACGGCCGAGGCAGACACCAAAGAAACCAAUGGCGAUGCCGAGGAGGAGGAAGAAGAAGAGGAGGAGGAAGGCGACGAUGCCGCUGAAGCUGAAGGCGACGAGGAGGACGCCGAGGGCGACGAAGACACUGCUGAUGUCUCUGCCCCAGCCAAGGAGGGCGUCAAGCCUGCUGAGGCGCCUGCUGCUGCUGCUGCUACCGAGACCCCAGAGCCCAAAGCGGUUACAGCUGGUGGUGACGAGUAAUACCUACGAGGCGACUCGUUUAUCGUAUAGCAAUUCGUUCCCUUUACUCCAUAUAUCUUUCAACGCAUUGAAAUUAUCUCUGGAUAUUGUUGCUUGGAA